AUGGCCGUGCUACGCGAAAGCCAAGCUGACAGUGCAGAUGCUGCUGGCAGUCUGAAUAGAAAUUCGAACGGGUCAAGGCCCAAAAUCAUACGGGCCAUUGAUGACGAGGGCGGCACCACAAAUGCGAAAUACCCCCACUACCUCCCAGUCUGGGACCACGCCGACCAGCUCCCCCCUCUCGAACCAUACACACACCACGACCCAGGCAAAAACGCCGAUCCAUCACUCAAAGACCUCCUCCGCGAAGGAGUAACCGCUAGAGGGCUAACGCCUACAACCGGCACCGAGAUCUUCGGAAUCCAACUCUCCACCCUCAGCGACGCUGCAAAAGACCAGCUCGCGCUCCUCACAGCCCAGCGCAAAGUCCUCGUCUUCCGGAACCAGGAUUUCGCAGACACCCCGAUCCCCCAGAUCCUCGCAUUCGGCGGCUACUUCGGAAGACACCACGUCCACCCCACAGCCGGCGUCCCCGAGGGCUAUCCCGAGAUCCACAUCGUGCACAUACACCAGAGCCCCUUCACCGCCAAAAGUGACUUUGCAACCUUUACGUCAGGAAAGAACAGCACAGUGCUCUGGCAUUCAGACGUCACAUACGAAGAGCAGCCGCCCGGGACAACGAUUCUGUACGCGCUCGAGCUCCCCGAGGUCGGCGGGGAUACAGGCUUUGCAAACACAGCCGAGGCGUAUCGCCGGCUUUCGCCCGCCCUCAGGGAACGGCUGCAUGGCCUGAAGGGCGUGCAUGAUGGAAUAUCGCAGGCAGAGCCGUAUUAUCGGGAUGGGAGGCUGGUGCGCAGAAAGCCGGUGAGCGUGGAGCAUCCGCUUGUCCGCACGCAUCCGGUUACGGGGGAGAAGGCGCUGUUUGUGAAUGCGCUGACGACGCACAUUGUCGGUAUGAAAAAAGAAGAGAGCGACAUGUUGCUGGGGUUCUUAAACAACCAUAUUGCACGCUGCUUGGAACACCAGGUUCGGGUGCGCUGGGAGCCUGGGACGGUUGUCAUUUGGGAUAACCGCGUCACUGCGCAUACGGCAAUUGUCGACUGGGAUGGGCGUCAGCGUCGGCAUUUGGCACGCCUUACACCGCAGGCCGAGCGGCCUUUCGAGACACCGUAUGUGCCGGAGGAGUAA